GGAAGUAUCGAUAUGUCUGGAUCGAUACGCGCAUCCCUAGUCGGACCCAUUUGAGAGGUGGCACGCGCUUCCGGAAGCUGUCAGCUGUGAGCACCGCGUCAGCUGCGAUGAGUUUUGAGUGGCCCUGGCAAUAUAAUUUUCCACCGUUUUUUACGCUACAGCCCAAUGCUGACACAAGGCAGAAACAGCUGGCGGCAUGGUGUUCCCUGGCUCUGUCCUACUGCCGCCAUCACAAGCUCUACACCCUGGACGUCAUGGAGGCCCAAGAAAGCCCCGUGUUCAACAACAAGAAGAUAGAACGUAAACUAUCCAUGGAAGCGAUCCAAGUUGUUUUUGAGGAAUUGAGAAAAAAAGGCAACCUUGAGUGGCUGGACAAAAACAAGUCCCGGUGUUUAGUCAUGUGGAGACGCCCGGAGGAAUGGGGCAAGUUAAUAUACCAGUGGGUUUCCAAAAACGGCAUGGUCAACUCUGUGUUUACACUUUUUGAGCUGUCCAAUGGUGACGACACAGAAGGUGAAGAGUUCCAUGGCCUAGAAGACUGGAUGCUGCUGCGCUCGUUGCAGGCUUUACAAACAGAAGGCAAGGCGGAGAUCAUCACCAUGGACGACGGGAAGGGUGUCAAGUUCUUCUGAAACGGUGCUGGAAUCACACUCACUCUGUCUGGGAGCCCUCAUACUGUACCUUACAGGCAAAUUUGAAGAUUUAGCCACUGGAGGCUACACCUCAACGUCCAGCCCAGUGGACGCCGGUCCUGUAAAUGUUGUUGCCUUUCGGUUCAAGCCCUUCUCUUAUCGGAAAGGAACCAAUAUCAUUUCCAGAGUGUUUGGGCAAAUAAGCGUUUGAGGUGACACAGAUGACAACUGUUGCCAUUUAAACAUGCAAUGCGUCUUAUCAGGGGACUAAAUACUACAAUGUCUGAAUACUUUAGGGGAAAGCAUUUCCCCGUCAGCUGUAACUUUCCUCUUUCUUUAUUGUACAUGCAACUGCUUUUAUUCCCAUUUUCUCUAUUAACAAAUUCUGCAUAAUUACCUGCGGACGUUUACUCGGUUGUUGUUCGUCUGUACCAACGAGACAUCCCAAAGAAAUCCCCGAACGCAACACCAGAGGGACUUUUUAUUUUGAGAGUAAAUGCUUCCAGAAGAGGAACACACCAGAGACUCGACUCGGCUUAGAGUGUAAUAAUAGUGGACUUAAUGUACAGAUCGCUGUCAUCUUAUUAUUGUGCAGUAGCUACUGUGACACUCCUGUUAUCAGUCUGUCUAUAUUCAACCUUUUUUUUUUCAUAUCCUGUAGGAAAAUAAAUUAGAAAUUUCUUAAA